AUGGCGUUUCAUCUUCCUUCUAUUUAUCUGGAACGUCGUUGUGUUCGUCCAUUCUCAGAACGUUUCAUUACGUAUAACUGUGAUAUUAAGAUAGAAGCCGCUGAGGGAUUGAUUUUACGUAUAUCUGUGGUAUUCAUGGAUACAGCAAAAAGCAUAACAGCGAAGAAACUUAUUCGCCUCAUCGGAAUCAGAUCAAGAUAUAUAAGUUUGAACUGCGGGCUUCCAGAAGGAUCGACUUCCCUUGAUGAAAUAGGCUACACUUACACUUCAGAUCAAGCCUACAUCGCGUCCGGGGAAAUAAAAGAAGUGGCCACUCAAUUCGCAAGCAGUCCAGUAAUGUACCAUACGUUAAGGUCCUUCCCCAAUUACAGAAGGAACUGCUACACCUUGACACCGGUGACUCAGGGGAAGAAGUACCUGAUUCGAGCUUCUUUCAUGUAUGGCAACUACGACGGCCAGAACCUGCUGCCCACCUUCGACCUCUACCUGGGAGCCGAACCGUGGGACACGGUGAAGCUGGAUAACGCAAGUCACAUUCUGUGGACUGAGAUUAUCGCCGCGGCACAGUCGUCGAACAUAAGCGUGUGCCUCGUGAAAACUGCCGGAGUCAAUCCUUUCAUCUCCGGCCUGGAGCUUCGUCCUGCUGAUGACAUCUAUAAUAAUACUCAAUGGCCUAGUUGGCUCAAAACCUACAUGAGGAUUAAUGCUGGUUCAAAUGGACCAUCCAGGUUUAAAGAAGACACGGCCGAUCGCACAUGGACUUCAGAUUACGGAGGGUAUGGACUUCCCGUCAACACCACUACUAGAAUAGAGAGCACUGGCUUGUUCCGGGUACCAUCCAUGGUCCUCCAAACUGCCGAAUACUCGAGGAGCGGUAUAAAUAUCCGUUGGAAACAAGAAGCAGAGGGAGAAGAAUACGUUUUCGUCUUUUAUUUUGCGGGGAUAAACCGACAAGAUAACCUGACCGUAAUUAUAAACGGACAACAACCACCCUUUCCUUUUGAAGUUCCUUACAUGCAGUCAUACUAUGUUUACUCAACUAAUCUAAAGUUUGAAGAUUAUUUGAUCAAUAUCAGCGGUGCAAAUCUUACGAGUGUCCCCAUCAUCAAUGCAUUUGAAGUGUACAAGGUGUACGAACCCGCGGGUGGGGCAACGUAUGGCCAAGACGGUGAGUAUCUUACUGAUUUGGUUAACAGUUACGAGUAUCUUACUGAUUUGGAAACAGGAACACUGCAUUGGCUUUGGAAUGCAGUGUUCUAUGAAUGUCUUCCAAGAACUGGACCACAUUUAUUUCGUGAAUUUUAUACGAUUGCAGUUGAUGCCAUUACGGGAAUAAGAGAUUACUACCAAAUCAAGAAAAACUGGGCCUCUGAUCCUUGUCUGCCCAAGCUGUAUCCAUGGGAAGGCGUGAAUUGCAGCUAUGGGAAUCCGAUGUCUCCAACAAUCACUGGCUUGGACCUUUCCAACAGUGAAUUACAGGGCUCAAUAUCUACUGAAUUUGAAAUGUUGAAAUCUAUUCAGUCACUGUUUUCUGACUGCGCAGGCCUUUCUGGUCUCUGCACACAGGAACUUGUCAGGGAAUCACUUGAAUGGUCCAAUACCAGAAUUCCUUGGAACGAUGAAAAGUCUGCGGACGCUGUGAGUAUGCUUAUUGUGGUAUUGUUGAAAAACAUUCGCCUGGAUUGUCAUGACCCUGUCCCUGUCCCUGCUCCUGACCCAGUCAAGUUGGUGAUCGCCAUUUGUGUUCCUAUAGCCGUCGUCCUCAUAAUUAUAGCGAUCAUCUGUAUUGUCCUUUUCAAGAGAAGGCAUCGACACACUCAUAUACCGGAGCCACGUCCAACACCAGUAGUUCCGGUUGUGCCACCUUCGCCAAUACCAGUACCAGAAGUUCCGAAUGCGCCUCCUCCAGCACCAGUACCAACAGUUCCAGUUGCGCCACCUCCUCCAGUUCCAGGACACGAGAACAGGUUCAGCUACAGUGACAUUGUGCGGAUCACCAAUAACUUUCAAACUGAGAUAGGUAAAGGAGGGUGUGGAAGUGUUUAUCUUGGACAACUGAGCCAUGGCCGUCAAGUGGCAGUCAAGAAAGUUACAAGAACAGAGGCGUUAAAAAGCAGGGAAUUUUCUGCAGAGAUUGCUGCAUUGACACAAGUUCAUCAUAGAAGUUUGGUGUCCUUCUGUGGAUUCUGUGAGGAAGGGGUGCAUAUGAUGCUCGUAUAUGAAUAUAUGGCUGGAGGAAACCUGAGGGAGCUAUUGUCAGAUAAGACGGAUAACAAAUCUAUGUUCUUAACUUGGGAUAAGCGACUCCAAAUGGCAAUAAGUGUUGCUACAGGUCUUGAUUAUUUGCAUGCUGGUUGCAACCCGCCAAUAAUUCACAGGGAUGUGAAAACAAGCAAUAUUCUUUUGGAUGGAAACAUGGAAGCAAGGCUGGCAGAUUUUGGAUUGUCUAGAGCCAUUUAUGCUGAAAAUGAACCUGUAUCGACUCUUGUUGUGGGUACAACAGGAUACAUAGACCCAGAGUAUUACCGCACGGGAAAACUAACAACAAAGAGUGAUGUUUACAGUUUCGGUGUAGUUCUUUUUGAGCUCAUAACUGGUCGUCCUGCUUUCUUCUCUGAAAAUGGAAUACCAACUAGCGUUGUGCAAUGGGCAAAAAAAAUUAUACAAUAUGGAGAUUUUCAUAGGAUCAUCGAUCCUAGACUUAGAGGACAGUAUGACGCCGACUCCAUAUGGGGCGUUAUAGAACUUGCUAUUGCAAGUUUGCAGGAGUCCGGCGAUAGGAGGCCUACAAUGCAAAAGAUUGUUACUGAACUGGCGGCAGCUAAAAAUCAAGAGAAACGUCGACUUGGAAUUGGAACUCCUACUGCUGGAGACGGAUCGACGCCAUCAGAAUUUUUAGUGGACUCUUCCACAUAUGUGGAAACAGAAACUGCACCUAAGCCACGGUAGUAGAAAAUGGCAUCUGGUCACUAAGCCUACAAUGGUAUCAGUUUCUGCUGAAAAAGCUUGGUACUUCUAGAACAGACUUCACUCUGCUAUGUAUGGUAAAAAACCCUGUUGCAGACUCGGUUUUUCCAUUUGAUUCCUUCUUUUGCUUUUGUAUGUUGUGUUUAUAUACAGCAGUGCACGUGAAAUAAGAGUGAUUUUGUAAAGAUGUGCAUGGAGAACUAGAGGAGAGUCUCUGUUUUCUUCAGUUUAUACUUCGACACAGGGUUGGAGUUGGAGCAUAUAUGCAACACAGACAAUUAAAAUGAUGCUUGUGAAAGAAUUUCG